GUCCUCACCGCAGCCCACUGCUUCAUCAUGGCCAGGCACAUCACGAUGUGGCGUGUGGUGAUUGGGGCCACCCAUUUGGCCCACCUGGGCCCUGAGGCCCAAGUGCGCCACAUUAAGCGGCUCCUGGCUCAUGAACACUAUACUCCUGUCUCGGAGGAGAACGACAUUGCCUUGCUGGAGCUGGACCAGCCUUUCCAGUGUGAUGACUACGUACAGCUUGCCUGCGUGCCUGAUCCCUCGCUGAGAGUGUCAGAGCUGACAAACUGCUAUGUCAGUGGCUGGGGUUCCACCAGUGCAAGAUCUGGACUACCCACGGAUGUGCUGCAGGAGGCCAAGGUCCACCUCAUUGAUGUCAACCUCUGCAACAGCAGCGGGUGGUACAGAGGGGACAUCCACCCCCACAACCUGUGUGCUGGCUACCUGUGGGGUGGCAUCGACACCUGCCAGGGUGACAGCGGUGGUCCUCUUGUCUGCCAAGACAACCAUGCUGACUACUUCUGGCUUGUUGGCCUGACCAGCUGGGGAAAAGGCUGUGCAAGACCAAAACAGCCUGGAGUCUACACCUCCACUCAGCACUUUUAUGACUGGAUCUUGGUACAGAUGGGACUGCGCCCAGCAGUGAUGGCUACCCCAAGGCCACAGACAGUCUUCAGCUCAGCCUCCUCAUAAGUCUCCUUUCAGCCUCCUCAGAAGCCAAGACCAACACCAUCAGGCAGUUUGACUUCCUGUCCAUUUCCACACCACAAGAUG